AUGGGGUCUGAGCAGACUCGUUUUCUGCAGCCUCAGCAACCACCAGCACCUCGGUGCAAGAGAUGGGCAGGAUGUUGGGGUGUAUUAACGUGUUUGAGGAAACAAAAAGGUGGAAAGCGUAUUGUGCCGGCAUCUCGCAUGCCUGAGGCCAAUGCUUUUACAAAUCAGGCAACUGGACAACAGGCUGGCGGGUUGCCUAAUCAGACUACUGGAUUGGCCCUAUCUCUUAUAGCCCCACCAUCUUCACCUGCAUCCUUCUCGAAUUCGGCACUUCCAUCGAUAGCUCAGUCACCAAGCUGUUUCUUGUCUGCCAAUUCACCGGGAGGUCCUCCAUCUAAUAUGUAUGUCACGGGUCCAUAUGCCCACGAGACGCAGCUGGUAUCUCCUCCUGUUUUCUCGACUUUCACAACAGAGCCCUCUACAGCUCCUUUGACUCCACCACCGGAACAGGCACAUUUAACUACUCCCUCUUCUCCAGACGUACCUUAUGCCCAUUUCUUUUCAUCAGCCAUCAAUCUCAAAAGCACCAAUAAGAACAAUUAUAUGGCUGGUAAUGAUCUUCAAGCAACAUAUUCUCUCUAUCCUGGUAGUCCUGCAAGUACUCUCAGAUCACCUGUUUCAAGAAUGUCUAGUGACAACUUAUCAUCUUUUCCUGAACGGGAGUUUCGCCGUCAAUGGGAUCCUUCCAUGUCUUCACGAGAAACUAAUCUCACAAAUUCUGAUUCAUCCGUGUUACUUGGGCUUCAACCAGCAGGUGCCUCCAAGUUGCGUCAAGAUUCCAAUUUCUUCUGCCCCGAGACAUUUGCUCAGUUUUACUUGGAUCAGUCUUCAUUUUCUCAUGCUGGUGGUAGGCUCAGUAUUUCCAAAGAGUCUGAUGCUUACUCAAAUGUUGGAAAUGGGUAUCAGAAUAGGCAGAACAAAACGUGCAAAACAGAUGUUGAGGAAAUAGAAGCUUACAGAGCAUCGUUCGGUUUCAGUGCAGAUGAAAUCAUUACUACAACUCAGUAUGUGGAGAUUUCUGAUGUAUCAGAGGACUCCUUCAGUAUGACGCCUUUUACCUCCAAUAAACCAGUUGAAGAGGAACAUUAUAUAACUGCACCAGCAGUAGAUGGAGCAAAAAUGGAGAAAACACAAGAGUUUUCAAAUCCACAAUAUGGUAAAGCACGACUGAAUCAUGCUGAAGGGACGCCCUCUGGAAUGCCAGGUUUAUGCGACAGACUUAAAGAUCAAGUACCACUUCGUCAUCUUGUCGAUGUUUCUGGACGUACUCCCGGUAACCACAUUCUAAGUGAUGAUGACUGUGUAUUCUCCAAGUCGGGAUCUACAAGAAAUGGCAGAAAAUAUAAUUUCUGCACGUCAAAUUCUGAUGCAGAAAUCGAGUAUAGGAGAGGGCGAAGCUUGAGGGAAGGGCGAAGCCUGCGAUAA